GGUUGCACGAUGGGAACACAAGACCCGCAAGCUGAGCAGGGCCUUCAGGUCCCCCUACCUGGCCUGCUACUCCCUUAGCAUUACCAUCCUGCUCCUGACCGUCCUGCGUUCACACUGCUUCAUGCAGGCCAUGAUGAGCCAGCCCAAGAUGGAGAGCCUGGACACCCCCGCGGCCCGCUGCCUCGGCCUCGCGCUCCUGGGAGUGGGCGUCGUGCUUGUGCUCUCCAGCUUCUUUGCACUGGGGUUCACUGGAACCUUCCUAGGUGAUUACUUCGGGAUCCUCAAGGAGGCGAGAGUGACUGUGUUCCCCUUCAGCGUCCUGGACAACCUCAUGUACUGGGGAAGCACAGCCAACUACCUGGGCUGGGCCGUCCUGUGAGUACCUGGUUCACCGCCCCUUUGC